GGUUGAAACUUAGAUUCUAAUUUUAAAAAUAAUCUUCAAAUAUCUAGGAAUGUGGGACUUCCCUGGUGGUCCAGUGUUUAGGACUCUGCACUUCCACCGCAGGGGGCACAGGUUCGAUCCCUGGUUGGGGAACUAAGACCCCACAUGCCACACAGUGUGGCCAAAAAAAAAAAAAAAAAAAAAUCUAAGAAUAACUCGAGUCAAGAUUUCUAUAGCUAAAAAUUCAACUCCUGUAAGUCUUGUAAUUAACUCCUUAACUCCUUAUAUAUUUUACAUCAUUUAAAGCAAAAUACCUCAUGAACCUGAAUUUUUCUGUUCUUAGCCAAAUUAUAAUACAACAAACCUGGUAGCCCAAACACAGAGCAGAGGCCCCAGCCCACUUAAACACGCCAAGGACGCAAUGCACUCAAGAAUUGCCUCGUGCUACCCUGGUGGUUAUUACUGUUUGCAGUAACCUUAAUUAUCACCAUUCCUAACAAAGCACAUUUUCUUCACAUAGCUGAAACUGUGAGCUCUAUGUGGCAUUGCUGGGCUGGUCUUUUUUAUGAACUCAUUUGAACUGAACAGAACAAAGAAAAGACAUGGCCCCCUGACCCCCUGUGAUCCCACCAGUGACCUCUCCAGUUGUGUUUCUCAGCAUUCCAGGAAGAACAGGCAGCUAGGAGCAGUUUCUUACCUCCUUGCCUCUUCUCAUGCUGCCCCUCUGCCUGCAGUCUGCGCCCCAUGCCAUUGUUCCUGGCCAGCUCCUGUCUAUUCUUUCAGUCUGAGCCUAGCUGUCGCCUUCUCCGAAGCCUGGAAUGAACUUGUGAUACCCUUUUCUCUGCAUCAUUUCCAUGUGGGAUCAAGAAAUGAAAUGGACCAGAAAGAUUUGAGUUGCUUGAAAGAACAGAGUGUUCUGAACAUAACUCCAAGUAGAAGAGCCUCAAGCUGAAGGUACAGUAUCUUGUUUACACUGAAGGAGCUUGUGUGUGGACAAGAAAGCGCUGACAGCUCAAAUGGAUCCCAUGGAACUGAGCAAUGUCAACAUCGAACCUGAUGAUGAGAGCAUCAGUGGAGAAAGUAUUCAAGAUAGCUACACCGGGAUGGGAAACUUAGAAAAGGCAGCAAUGAGCAGUCAAUUUACUAAUGAAGAUGCUGAAAGUCAGAAAUUUCUGACAAAUGGAUUUUUGGGGAAAAAGAAGCUGGCAGAUUAUGACGAUGAACAUCAUCCUGGAACCACCUCCUUUGGAAUGUCUUCAUUCAAUCUGAGUAAUGCCAUCAUGGGCAGCGGAAUCCUGGGCCUGUCCUAUGCCAUGGCCAACACAGGGAUCAUCCUUUUUAUAAUCAUGCUGCUUGCCGUGGCAAUCCUAUCUCUCUAUUCAGUUCAUCUUUUAUUAAAGACUGCCAAGGAAGGAGGAUCUUUAAUUUAUGAAAAACUAGGUGAAAAGGCAUUUGGAUGGCCUGGGAAAAUUGGAGCUUUUAUUUCCAUUACAAUGCAGAACAUUGGAGCCAUGUCAAGCUACCUCUUCAUCAUUAAAUACGAACUACCUGAAGUAAUCAGAGCGUUCAUGGGACUUGAAGAAAAUACUGGAGAAUGGUAUGUCAACGGCAACUACCUCGUCAUAUUUGUGUCAGUUGGAAUCAUUCUUCCACUUUCUCUUCUUAAAAAUUUAGGUUACCUUGGUUAUACCAGCGGCUUUUCUCUUACCUGCAUGGUGUUUUUUGUCAGCGUGGUGAUUUACAAGAAAUUCCAAAUACCCUGCCCUCUGCCUGUUCUGGAUCACAAUGUUGGGAAUCUGACAUUCAACAAUACAGUUCCAAUGCACGUGAUGAUGUUACCCAACAACUCUGAGAGUAGCGGUGUAAACUUCAUGAUGGAUUACACCCACCAGAAUCCUGCAGGGCUAGAUGAGAACCAGGCCAAGGGCUCUAUUCAUGGCAGUGGAGUAGAGUAUGAAGCACACAGUGAUGACAAGUGUCAGCCCAAAUACUUUGUAUUCAACUCCCGGACGGCCUACGCAAUUCCCAUCCUAGCAUUUGCUUUUGUAUGCCACCCUGAGGUCCUUCCCAUCUACAGUGAACUUAAAGAUCGGUCCCGGAGGAAGAUGCAAACAGUGUCAAAUGUUUCCAUCACGGGGAUGCUUGUCAUGUACCUGCUUGCUGCCCUCUUUGGUUACCUAACCUUUUAUGGAGACGUUGAAGAUGAAUUGCUUCAUGCUUACAGCAAAGUGUACACAUUUGACACCCCUCUCCUCAUGGUGCGCCUGGCCGUCCUUGUGGCAGUAACACUAACCGUGCCCAUAGUGCUGUUCCCUGUGGUCACAAAGCACCGAGCUGAUCUCCCUGUGCUAUGCAGCUAUGUCAACGGCAACUACCUCGUCAUAUUUGUGUCAGUUGGAAUCAUUCUUCCACUUUCUCUUCUUAAAAAUUUAGGUUACCUUGGUUAUACCAGCGGCUUUUCUCUUACCUGCAUGGUGUUUUUUGUCAGCGUGGUGAUUUACAAGAAAUUCCAAAUACCCUGCCCUCUGCCUGUUCUGGAUCACAAUGUUGGGAAUCUGACAUUCAACAAUACAGUUCCAAUGCACGUGAUGAUGUUACCCAACAACUCUGAGAGUAGCGGUGUAAACUUCAUGAUGGAUUACACCCACCAGAAUCCUGCAGGGCUAGAUGAGAACCAGGCCAAGGGCUCUAUUCAUGGCAGUGGAGUAGAGUAUGAAGCACACAGUGAUGACAAGUGUCAGCCCAAAUACUUUGUAUUCAACUCCCGGACGGCCUACGCAAUUCCCAUCCUAGCAUUUGCUUUUGUAUGCCACCCUGAGGUCCUUCCCAUCUACAGUGAACUUAAAGAUCGGUCCCGGAGGAAGAUGCAAACAGUGUCAAAUGUUUCCAUCACGGGGAUGCUUGUCAUGUACCUGCUUGCUGCCCUCUUUGGUUACCUAACCUUUUAUGGAGACGUUGAAGAUGAAUUGCUUCAUGCUUACAGCAAAGUGUACACAUUUGACACCCCUCUCCUCAUGGUGCGCCUGGCCGUCCUUGUGGCAGUAACACUAACCGUGCCCAUAGUGCUGUUCCCUAUUCGUACAUCAGUGACCACACUGUUAUUUCCCAAAAGACCCUUCAGCUGGAUAAGACAUUUCCUGAUUGCAGCCAUACUUAUUGCACUUAAUAAUGUUUUGGUCAUCCUGGUGCCAACUAUAAAAUACAUCUUUGGAUUCAUAGGGGCUUCUUCUGCCACUAUGCUGAUUUUCAUUCUUCCAGCAGUUUUUUAUCUUAAACUUGUCAAGAAAGAACCUCUUAGGUCACCCCAAAAGGUCGGGGCUUUAAUUUUCCUUGUGGUUGGAAUCAUCUUUAUGAUUGGAAGCAUGGCACUCAUUAUAAUUGACUGGAUUUGCAAUCCCCCAAAUUCCAAGCAUCACUAACCCAAGGAAAAAUACUAUAUUUUCCUGUUGGAGAUAGUUGUCAAAUUAUGCUCCCAAAGACUUUUGAGUUAUCUCGAUUGGAAUGUUAUUCACAGGAAAUAACAGGAAGAUUCCAAAGAUGUUUACCAGCAAUACCACCAGGCACCUGCAGAAGAGGAAAUCAUCAUUUUCGUCACAAAUGGCUGUUUAUGUGUUUAAAAUCUGUGGUGCACAUUUCUACCCAGGUUUUACUAGAGCAGUGUGAGAUGAUGUAUUUUUGCUUCUGCACAAGCAGAAUAAGGGUAGCUGCAUGAUAAUACCCUCUUCCCUCUCCUCCCACCUUCUCCCCCCACAAAAGUACCAAAUUCCUGUAUUCUCAGAACAUCAAACAAAAAUGCCCUGGUGGCAAAGCUAUUACCAUUUAAUGCCUUCCCUCAGUCUUGCACCAAAUACUCUGGGUGUAUUUAAUAACAGAGGCAAAAGGCAUGUUUUAUGAACUGUCUCUGCACGGUACAUGAGACACCAGGCUAGAACAUCUUAUGGUCAACCCUAAAGGAAUAUUUUGCCCAUCCUGUUUGUGACACUGAAUUAGUGACUUCUUCAUUCAGUAGAUCUUUUGUAAAUGUUAAAACAUCUUACGAAACAUAGAGAGGGGCUUUAUUUAAAUUAUAGAGCAACAGCAAAACAAUGCUUAUAGCUAAACUGCGUGUUCUGGAAGCAUUUAUCAAUGUUAUUCCCAAUCCUCUUGUCAUAGUUUUGUCACUGAACAAUGCCCUCCCUCUCGUCUUCCAUUCUCAUUCAGAAUUUUUAGAAGACCACGAUUCACGUGGAGCUACACUACCCAGUAUUGUUUGAUACAUUUUUAUUUGAUAAACAUUCAGUGCAGGAAACUGUGAUUGCUAUAUGUUUAUGUAUAUAAUCUUAUUCUGUAGUCAUCAGAAUUUUAAUGUAUGGUACAUUUGAUUUUUAUUUUUUACAUGUGUAGUUUUCUCUCUUCACAGUCAAACAUUUAUAUUAUUGGGGGUGGGAAUAGGGAAUUAAUUUGAUGGGCUCAAAAAUCCAUGUGUAUGUAUCUGUUUAUUGGGGAUAUUUUAAAUUUGAAAUCUGAGUUAUAUAGUUCAGUAAUGCUCUUCUUCAAUGUUUACAAUAUUAUCGUAAUCAUCUAGAAGAAAAUAAGUUCCCUAUUUGCAAAUAAUUAUCAAUACUAAGGUUGUUCUUUUAAUUUAGCAGGUCUCAAAUAGCAUUUCAUUCAUUUUAGCUUGCACAGGUAUUUGCUGACAUUCAUUUUCUAUUUAAGACAAUGUUGAGCCAUUUUCGAUAAAAAUAAAAAUGCUAACACUACAAAGAGAUGCAAAUGAUUAUUCUUGCUCACUUCUACAACAUAGUUUCAUGAAAUGGAUUUAAAAUUUAAUAUUCAUUGCCUAGAAUUUCUGGAGUUUGCUCCUUUUUUUUUUCUCAAUCAGUAUCAAGCACAUUUAUUGUAUAUGUUAGUACAGCCAAGUAUGAAAUAUAGGUAUAUAUAAGUAUGAUAAAAUUAAAUCAUAUUUCAAUAGUUUUUGCUGGAAUGUGCCUUAAGUAAAUAUAUAUUUGUUUUCUGUAUUAUUUUCUAGAGUCAUAAUACUGUAAAAUGGUGCACUUUGUUAAGGAAAUUGAGCAUUACUAGAAACUAUCAUAACUUCUGACUUACUAUUACUGGAAAAAGUUUGCCAAAUAGCAUUUUUAAGAUAUAUUUCUAUUUUCAUUCAUCUAAAGAGUGUAUCAAAAUAGAAAGUGAAAAAAGGUACCUUCUGAGUGUUAAAAAAAUGUUUGGUCUGAAUGUAUUUAAAUGUAAAUAACAAAGAUUGAUUCAAAAAAUUGAAAAACUGUAAAAUCUGUAUAUAUUUUGAAUGCUUUACAUUUGAAAUGACUGACUUGAAAAUAUCAACAUGUGUAAUUAUAUAAUAUUCAAGAGCAAUACUACAGUGCCAAAUAAUAAAGCACCAUUUUUUUCUCAUGGCCUUUUUCAGGAUCAUAGAUCUCAUAUACUGCAGGGCAGACAUACAUAUGGCAUCUUGUACUGGUUAAUUUAGCCCCAUUUAUAAACAGAUGAAAACUUUAUUUUCUUAUUUCAUUUAUAAGAUGGUUCAAUGUAUUGGGAGGCUUUUUUAUUACA